AUACGAGGAGGGGCUAUAGAAUUAUUGUAGAAAUUAAAAAGACAUUAUUAAAAGACCUCGUUUAUUUUAGUAGAAAUUUCUUUAUGAGCAUUUAAUUAAUUACUACCAAAAGUAUGAAUUUGUUGUGGUAAUUCAAUAAAACGCCAUAGGCAACCUCAGAUGGCAAAAAUCAUCAAAUUGAGGGGUCCAAUUUGAGAAUUUACGGUAGCAGUGGGGGCUUAUUCGAGGGGGGGGGGCUUAUCGAAAAUUUGUAUUUCUAGGGUGGGGGCUUAUUCGACGGGGGGCUUUUCUGAGGGGGGGGGCAAUUUGAGGAUUUACGGUAUGUGGACAUUUCUCUGCGAUAAACUUAAAAGCCUUGAUUCCAUAUGCGUGGCUAAAAAAGUAGCUUUUUUGCAUUGAAAAUAUAUCUUACUACGUUCUUACGGGCCCCAUCGGAGCAUGGGCUCUGGACCUUCUGCCCCUCCUAAUCCCCCUCUCGACGCCCAUGGGUAUCCUAUUGACUACCUGUUUAUGAUAGCAGAGAGCAAUGUUUCGCCAAUUGGACAAAUCUCAUCCAGGCACUUGGAAAUCUAAACGGCAAAACUGCCAGAAGCCGUGGGGCUGGGACCAGAGCCUUCAAUAAUCGUCAAAACUUUACUACAUUUUCUUUACAUGUCUACUGAAUAGGGAGCAAUACAAUCCUCGACUUGAAUUUCGUUCCGACAACGCUAUACGGGCAAGGGGCGUAGCAUCUGAGGGCCUUGGGGGCUGGUGUCCUUCCCCACAACACCUCUGUCAAAGAUCUGUUGCUAUCAGUAGCUAUGUUUGGUGUUACCAAGCUUAGUGGUCCCCCGGUGAUCACGCAAUUGCAAAUCCUCUAGGAUUCAUUAUGAAAGAAAUAAGUUUGCUUCUCCCCUUCCCCCCAAUCAAAAGUUGCAUGGUGCAUCUUUGUGAUCAGCGGUUAAUUUUGCAACAAAGGUGCGUGGUUAGAAAGAAUGCAGUGCUUUCUGGCAUUCUAUGGCUGGCAUGCGGGUGCAAGACUGUAGGAGAGGAUUGUUUUGAAAGUAGACGAGGAACAAGCUAUAGUCAAACAAUGCACCCAUUCAAACUACUCUCGAAGACAUAAGCUCGUCAAACAAAAAGAGAAGCUCGCCUUGAAUACAUGCAAGAAUCCUAGGGGACGUUAAAAUUUUUUAGAGAGGAAGAAGCAAAGUGCUGUUGCUACGCGAUUUUGACCGCUGAAACAAUUGCUUUGGCAACAACGGGAAGUUAAACAAAGUUAUAAAGCAGCAAUUGCAAUAGGCAAUGUUUGGAGCAGUCUAGAGUAACAACAACAUGGAUGGAUAGCCGAACAGCGCGGUAGUUGCUGAAAUUUACUUGCAGCAUCAGCUAGUGCCCUCGAUAAAGCACCAGGGUACAAGACGGCGGGAAAGAUCGGAAAAGAUUGUCUUUGUCUUGCUGAGGCGACAAAGUUAGACAUGUUUAGCCCUUUUUCAAACAAUUACAUUCUAGCUGGAAAAGUACGAACAAAUCACAUUUUUGUCUCGAUAGCAACUCGAAUCUAUCUUCAAAUUGUUGUUUCUAAAACAUCGAAUUUGAACAACUGUCGGAUUAUUGUCUUCAAAUGUAGAAACAAGUGAUCUAUUGUAAAUAAAAUCGCUGUCCUUAUUGAUUUAUUGAUUUGAUUUCGUUGAGGGUCUAAAGCAGUUAUUAUAUUCAGUUAUCUAUUUACAGAUACUUAAGGGUCCAUAUACGAAUAGCACAUCAAACUGAAUCAACAACUAUUGGCAAACGGCUGAAAUAAUUACAUGGAAACAACUGCCACACCAUGUUGACACCGACAGAGUCAGUAUCUUGCCACUUCGAUUUUGAGCAAGCAACCAAGACAGAAAGCUUUGGACAUGUAAUACGCGUUUCUAGCUCGUCAGAUUUCGAGAAAGAGAUGCGAUUUUUUCCAGGCAGUGAUAGCAAAAGAGUUAGUCCGGCAAGAACCCCAAGUCCAAGACCGCGCAGCCCGUCUAUAUGGAGUCGAGGCCGGGCUUCACCUCUUCCUGUGCAAAGACUUUCCCCUUACGGGAAAGUUGAGAUUUUCAUGAGAUGUGACGAGCUUCCUAAAAUGGACACCUUCAGCAGCAGUGAUCCGAUCUGUGUGCUUUACGUCCGUAGGUACGGACAGUGGGUUGAGUAUGGACGGACAGAGUGCAUACCGAACUGCCAAAGACCGAAGUUUGCAGAGACACUGAUUUUAGAUGCCAACAACCAAGACCAUAAUCAGUUGAAGUUCUCAGUUUUUGACACAGAGAAUCUCACUUCAAAGGACCUCCACAAGCACCAACUUAUUGGCUCCAUUGAAAUAAACUUGCUCGACCUUCUGAAAGAAGGUGAACAAAAUAAUGACAAAGAACACUCAGAGCAUGAAUAUUAUCUGAAAUUUGAAGAUCAAGCAAAAAAGCGUGGAAAAUUAUACAUUGUCGCUGAAGAAGUUGACCAGGAAGCAGUGAAUACGAACAUCAAAAUGUGCCUGAGUGCGUUAAAAUUGUCAAGAAAAGGCCUAAAUAUCUUUGGGAAAUGCGAUGCAUAUUUUGAGGUUGAGAGAAAGCUUGCAGUUGAUUCGUAUCACCCGGUGUACCGUUCAGAAGUGAUAUUCAGAAACUCUGAGCCAAGGUGGAAGCCAUUUCAAAUAUCUCUACAAAAGCUCUGCAACGGCAAAAAGGAGUCACAUAUUCGCAUCAGUGUCUACAAUUUUCAAACCAAAGGAGAUCAUACUUUUAUUGGCAAUACUGAGACGUCUUUCGAAAAUAUGACCAAACGCAUUGGUGAAGUGAAAACUCUAUCACUGAAGAAGAACCAAUUCAGUCGCUCAGCUGUAGCAGACUCUACUUCAAAACGAGGCAGAAGUGACUCAUUGAGUAAGGCCGCUAUUCGAAUACUACAGUGCGUCCCAGAGGAGAAGUUCUCAUUGGUUGAUUACGUCAAAGGUGGCUGUACGAUAAACUUUGCAGCGGCCAUUGAUUUCUCAGAGUCCAACGGAGAUGGUGAAUAUUCACUUCAUGGGUUGGAAAGCAGUGUGUAUGAGGAAGCUCUAAGUGAGAUUGGAGGAGUCUUGUGUUACUAUGAUCAACGAAAUCAUUAUGAACUAUUCGGCUUUGCUGGCAUCCUCAACGGAGACAAAGAAAGCUCAUCCUGUUUUCAGAUGACGAAGCAAAAAUCAAACAAAAUCUUUCAGAUAGGUGUGGCUGCCGAAUCUGGCCUAGAGGGGCUGAUAAAACUCUAUCGUGCACAUCUUCCACAAAUAAAGCCAUCCGGACCGACCAUUUUAGUACCCCUAGUCAAAAAUAUUGUAGGCCUAGUCGAUCGUAAUGUGAGCAACGACCAACAACACUUCCAUUUGGCAUUGAUCCUAACCGAUGGCAUUUGCAAUGACAUGCAAGACACGACUGCAGCGCUUGAGAAGUAUAAAGAUUACCCAAUCUGCUUUGUUAUUGCUUGCCUCGGACCCCUUAGAAUGGAGGCCCUGCAUUACUUCACGAUUGUCGACGAAACAUUAAGAAAAAAGUGCGGCAGGUCCAUCAUUCUUCCAAUUGAAUUUUCCGAGGAAAACACGCAUCAUUCGCAUCAAGUGGUUCGAUCCGCAUUCGCAAAACUUUCAAAAAGUAUUGUUCAAUACUUCAUUAGCCGCGGUAUCAAGCCGAGGCCGCAUGACACAAAACAACCAUUCUCGCCAAUGGACACCUACUCAAGCAUGCUGUCGCCAGACUUUGAAGACCCCCUCACAUCAGCAGCAAACGAUAACUGGCAGAAUUUCCUAACCGAGGCCACGUCGUUUUGCCCGACAUGCGGGUCGCACAGAUCAACGAGACCCCCACUGUCUGAGGUUAACGUCAGGUGACAAUAACGCACUUCUUUAGAGGUGAAUAGAAACUCUAAGAGGGUAAACAUAAAGAAAGACUCUGCCUAUACCAAUCCAAAGAUACAGAAAAUAGCUACUUCUACCCCUGUAAGGUUGAAAAAGUAAGUGAAAAUAUUACGAUCUGCAGAAACGAAAUGAGCGUCAUUACUACAAGUCCACGAAUAAGCCCCCACCUUUAAGUAAGCCCCCCCUCGAAUAAGCCCCCAUUGGCUAAGUUUUCGCCCCGACAGCAAUAGAUUCAUCCUAAUAUAUCCGUAUCUUUAAAACAGACCUGCCUUUAGUAGGGGAAGAAAAUCCCCCCUAAUAAUAUUUUGGCUGCUGCUAAACAAGCCUCCUUCGAAAAAGCCUCCCCUUCGAAAAAACCUCCCCUUCGAAUACCCCCCCCCCCAUCCCAAAACAAUUUUUGCAAAACAAAGCCCCAGGAGCCUAUUCGUGGACUCAAGCUUUUUAAAACCUUGCUAAGUCAUGCUAAGUCAAGCUCUUUAUAUCCUGGGUACCAUACUCACUAUAUGUAAAAUAAAAGUGAGUCUGGUACCCAAGGUAAGCUCUUUAAAACUUUGACUCUAAAUUAUACAAUUUUUUGUCCAUAGUAAUGAUGUAAUAUAAGUAGAUUAUAAGGAACAUUAGGGGAAAUCUAAGCCAACCUACGAUGUUUGCAAUCUUUUUGUUCAUGUUUUAAAGUGGAUUUUUUUAAAUUGUGAUAAAUUAUUGCAUCAUAAAUAAGUUUCAUUACAUUGUAUUGUAAUUCGGUAUCUAAGUGGCUUCCUGUAAAUUUUGUGUGCCAUGUCUUAGAUAAAAGGGUUGAUUUUGAAAAGAAGUAUCACAAAGUGUCACAGCACAAUCGUCAAAGAAAUGACAUUCUUUCGUAUAUAGGUAAAAAGUUCAACCCCCUCGAGAGCCCUUCGUGUGAAAGUCACCCCUUUGUGUGAAAACAC